AUGGGUGAUGGAAAUUUGAGUUUUAUAAUCCCGAAAGGGUUAUCGUCGUACAAGACUGAUGCGGAUUUGGCAGCUGAGGAGUUGUUUAAGCUGUAUCCUGAUCCCCUGCUGCGGUUUGCGUCUGCCUGUUGUGUGAUCUUCAUGCUCAUCGGCAUCCCUGGCAACAUCAUCUCAAUCAUUGCACUUGCCAAGUGCAAGAAGGUUCGCAACGCAACGGCAAUAUUCAUCAUCAACCUGUCCUGCUCAGAUCUUCUAUUCUGCUGCUUCGUGUUACCUCUCGCCGCGUCAACUUUUUGGAAUAAAUCCUGGAGACAUGGCAUAAUCCUAUGUCAUAUGUUCCCGUUUGCAAGAUAUGCGCUGGUUGCAGUGUCUUUGUUUUCUGUGUUGUCCAUCACUAUCAAUAGAUACAUCUUGAUUUCUCAUCCAAUACAAUAUGUUAAAAUUUACACAAAACGGAACCUAUGUUUGAUGAUCGCUAGUCUCUGGUUAUUUUCCUUUGGAGCAUUGAUACCUACGUGUCUCGGAGUAUGGGGGAGAUUCAGUUUGGAUACCGUCACUGGCUCCUGUACCAUCAUACCGGAUGAAAAUGGCAACUCACCGAAGAAAUUCCUUUUCAUAAUCGCCUUUAUGUUACCGAGUUUAGCUAUUAUCCUAUGCUAUGCUCGAAUUUGGUGGAUUGUCAGAAAAACAAACAGAUUAACACGUAGACCAACUCACAUAGCGUCUAUAGAAAUGAAGAGGUUUAAUAUGAGUACAGCUACUAUAGUUACAAGAUCACAAGACCAAAAACGCCCUAAAAGCACUUUCCCUUGUAGCUGCUUCAUACAAACUCCUGCUGAACUAUCAUCUUCUAGUGAUAGCUACAGCCCAGAUCCAGAAAGCAGACAUAGCACUCCUGAAGCUGCAGUUCGAGCACUUGGUGAGGAACCAAAGAAUUAUAGAAAAAGCUUCAUAGCAACGAUGAAAUGGAGCACGGCACAGAAGCCACAACUUCCAUCGAAAAGAGACAAGAAAUUAUUAACUAUGAUUGUUGCUAUAAUGGUAGGGUUUUGUGUUUGCCAUUUACCUAUAACGCUAACGAAAACAAUAUUUUUGGAAAUCCGUCCCCAUCCAAUACCAAACAUAAUAGGAUAUGUGCUUAUUUAUUUCACUACUUGCGUCAAUCCUGUCAUAUAUGUUGUGAUGUCUAGUGAAUACCGACAAGCGUAUAAAAACCUCAUGAAAUGUGGACGGUGA